AUGCCAUUGAAAGCUAGUAAAAUCUUUGAUCGAACACAUUAUAUACAAAUAUUAUCAAAUACUUCAUGUGAUCGUUAUUGUAACAAUACAUUUGAAGGUUCAUCAAGUGAUCAUAAAUUUCAAUGUGGUUCAUUAACAAAUCCUCAAAUAUGGGCUAUAUAUGAAUUAAAUGGAACAUGUCCAAUAAAUUUUAUUUAUAUGAAAGAAUUGAAAAAAUGUAUAUAUGCAUAUAAAAAUUUUUGGAAUUCAUGUUCACCACCAUCAGUUGGUUUUACUUUUGAUGAUAGUAUAACAUGGCAGACUUUAUUAAAAAUAAUUGAUAAAUUACAAUUAAAUGAUUCAGCUGUAGUUAUUAAUUUUGAUGCAAGUGUUGUUAUUAGUAGUUCAUGGAAAUGUCCAAGUUUAUUAUCAACAUCAACAGCAUCAUCUUAUGUAUGGACAUCUUAUCUUUCACGUUCACGUUCAGGUUCAGGUUUAUAUGAUCAGAAUUCAAAUACACGUUAUAUUUUAGAAAAAGGAUGUUUACUUGAAACUUCAUAUAUAUCAUAUUUAUAUCGAUAUUCACAUAAUUUAUGUGUAACAGAUCCGGUUAACAAAUAUUCUAUAACAAAUAAUGAAGGUGAUAAUGGAACUUAUAUUGCUGCUAUAAAUCCAGUAGUAAAAUAUUGUCCAACAAAUUGGUUUGAUUUAAAUGGACGUUGCUAUCGUGUUUCAGACGAACGUAAGACAAUUGAACAAGCACGAAAUAGUUGUAUUAGUGUAUCAACAACUGGAUCAACCACAGUUGGUCAACCUUCCAUAUGGUUAAUCGAUAGUACUGAUAGUGUAAAUGGUGGAAGUGAAUUAAAUGAUUCACCAAAAGGUGACAUUGUUGAAUAUGUAUCAGAAUGGCAAGCUAGACUUGGAUUUUUUCUUCUUGAUACUGAUCCUGAUCAUGAUGAUGGAGCUCUAGAUACAACAACAUCAUUAUAUAGUAAUUAUUAUGAUGAUUCAUUAUCAUCAAUAUCAGAUAUUGACGAGGUCACUCAUACUGAACAUGAAACAAUAAAUGAAUUUCAAGUAAUUGAGUCAAAUGAAAAUCAAAAUAUUUCAAAUAAUACAUGUGUGGUUAUAACACGUUCAAUAAGUGAAGAAAACGAAAAACCAAUUAUUAGAAAUACUCUUAGGAAUGAUUGUUCGAAACCAAGACAUGCUUUAUGUGAAACAAAUACAUUAAUUGUUCAAAAAUUUCAAUAUGGUUGUUUUAAUAAACCAAAUAUACUUGAUUUACCAGCAUUAAUAUCAAAUCAUUUAACACAUGAAUUAUGUUUAUCUUUAUGUCAAGAAUUACAAACAAAAUUAGCUAUUUUACAUAUUAAUAAAUGUUAUUGUUUAAAUGGUGCUACUUCAAAUUCAUUUAAUAUAACAACAGAUUUUGAAAAAUUUCGACGAAAAAGUUGUGGAAAUAUUUGUCCAGGUAAUUCUCAUGAAAUAUGUGGUAAUGAUAAUACUAUAGUUGUUUUUCAAAUUCUCGAUUCUCGUCGUACAUAUUCAUUUGUUCGUACACCACCUGAACCAUAUCCUAAUUAUUUUUAUGAUAGUUGUAUAUAUUUAAAUUCAUUUAACCAAUCAAUAACAUAUCAAUUUAAAAUUUUAAAUAAACAUGAAUUUCAUCCACGUCAUUGUUUAGCAUUUUGUACAAAAUAUGAACAAAAAUAUGCGUUAAUUAAUGAUAUUGAAUGUUUAUGUACAAAUAAACCAAUAAAAGAUGAAGAUAAUGAUGCUGAUAAAUUACCUGGACAACAUUGUUCUCAACUAUGUGCUGGUAAUUAUUUUUAUUCAUGUGGAAAUAAAAAUAAUUUAACUAUAUAUUCAAUGUAUUUAUUACAACCAAAAUGUCGACAUGGUUUUGAAGCCGCAGAAAAUAAUCAACAAUGCGUUUAUAGUCAUUUUUCUGCUAAAACAAAUUCUCUUGUAUCAGCAAAAAAUUACUGUCAAUCAAUUGGAGGUACAUUAGCAAAAAUUAAUGAUAUUGUUGAAAUUCAAGAUAUUCUACCUGAUUCAAUAUUACAUACACGUCUUAUGCAACAAUUACUUAUUUUUUAUAGAUUUCGAUUUGUUAAUGAUACAAGAUAUUAUUGGAUUGAUCGUACAAGAGAUAUAGCUGAUCCAGCUACAAUAUCCGAACGUUUACUUAAACAAUGUUCUAAAAUACCUGAAAGUGUUGAUACAAAUUGUAUUGCUAUACAAUAUGUACCAAAGUCUGAUCAAAGUCUAAUAAGUCAUGAAAGAUGUAUUAGUGAAUCAAGUGAAUGUUCAAUAGUAUCAGCUAUGCCAGUUUGCGUUGAUAAACAUAUCGAGAUGAAACCAACAUUUGUUUCACCUAUUUCAGAUGAAAAUCCAUCACAAGUAUCAGUUAAUAUUACAAGUGAACAUAUAUGUGAUGAUGAAGAAAAUGAAUAUCAUUUUAUAGAUAAUUAUUGUUAUAAAAUAUCCUAUCAUGAAGUAACUUGGAAAGAUGCUCAAGCAGAAUGUCGACGUGAUAAAGCUAUGGUAUUUGUUCCUGAAAAAUCUAUUACAUUACAAUAUAUAAAAUCAUUAUUUUCACGUCGAAAAUCAUAUACGUCAUCAGGUUUAGCACAUGUUGGUGUUUAUUAUGAUAAUUCAAAUCGUACAGUUAUACAAUAUAAUAUAUCAAGUGAUAAAGAUGUAUUAACUGUACCAGAUUCUAAUGCUAUUUAUGAUUUAUGUGAAAAAACAUUUCAAGAACGUUAUACAGCAUUAAUGUUAUCACCAAGUUUAACAAUAAGUGAAAAAACUCGUUUAAAAACACAACAAAUUGGUUGUGCAUACAUUGAUUUAAUAUCAAAUGUUGUACCAACAAUUCGAUGUGAUGAGAUACCUUGUAAUCGAACAGCAACUGUCAUAUGUCAAAAGUUACCAACUAUUAAAACAAGUAUUAUUCAAGCAAAACGUAGUUUGACUGUUACACCAGCCGCUGAUAUUCCAGAACGUGUAGUAGAACGCAAACAAAAAUUAGUGAUUGGCAAUUUACAACAAACACCUUUGCACAAAGUUGCUACACUUAAUAUUCAUGCAUUCAGUGAUGCUAUUAUGAAAGGUAUCAUGGAACGAUUGAAUAUUCCGAUUCCAACUUGGAUCGUUCGUCGACGAAUUCAUGUCACUAGUCAACCUUCUUCGAAUAAACAGAACCAAUAUCAGAUUCUAAUUGAAGGCCGUGAUCCAGAUAAUGUUGACAUUCCUUAUACAUUGUUCGAACGAAUUCGAGUAAUUGUUGAUCAAAAGGUAAUUAAGCAACGCCAGCGUCAACCGUUCGUAUUUGAUCUCGUUGAUAAUGAUCAACAACCGAUUAUUAUUCGACUGUAUUUCUUUGGACAUUACAAUGAAGUUCCUUUUGAGUUAACUUAUCCGAAUCUGAAAAGUAUCCCAAAGGACGAACAAUUCUAUUUGCUCUAUGAUCCGAUGAAAGGGCAAUGGAAAAAGACCAUUCACAGUGAUGAUUUACUAGUUUGA